AUGGAUGAUGGAUGGACUGCAGCAGAGCUCGUCUCUCUGGACUGUGACACAGCUGCAGCGUCCAAAAUCAGAGACAAGUUGAGUCCCAUCCAGGAGACAAGUGUGGAGGCCAGCUCGCUGUCAGCUGGACUUUGUAGUCCACUGCAGGAGGACCAGGAGCAGCGGGAGCACCAGGAGCAGCAGGCUCCAUCACCAGUGGAGGGCGUUGUGGAUCCAUGUGACCCGGAUGUGCGGCAGCAUCUGCUGGACCUCUGUGAUGUCACUUCCUGUCCAGACUUCCACUCAGAGUCCUGCCCACUUCCUGCUGUGGAGGAGCACAGCUGUGUGACGCUGGGGGGCGAGCUGUAUCACGUCUACUCCAGAGUUGUGGAUGGAGGAAGUUUCUCCGUCUAUAAAGGAGCGACAGAGGACGGAUACGCUGUCCUCAAGGUGGACAGCUGCUCCGCCCCCUGGGACUUCCACCAGUUACAGCGUCUGAAGGCGAACUCGCCCAGCGCAGACAGUCUUCCUCUGAUCAGCUGUUUCCUGUUCCUGGACGGCUGUGUCACCGUCUACUCCAGCCCAGCGGGUCACAUGUUCACUGAGCUGACAGAGUGUGUUACCAGUGAGGUGUCGGUGGGUUAUAAAGCUGUCGGCCUGCUGCAGCUGGUGUCACAGCUUCACUGCUGCAGGCUGCUGCACGGAGCACUGCAGCCAAACAUCCUCACCUGUUCUCAAAGAGGUUUCCUGAUUCCUGACUGGGUGUUUCCAGUGGACUGGUCGUCCUCGGUGGAUCUGGACCUCCAGGGUGUCAUUGGAUCCGUCCAGCAGGUCCCCUCAGCUCAGACUUACAUCAGUCUGGGUCUGCUGCAGCCGACCGACACGCCACAGCUGGUGGACCUGGUGGGCCUGGCUGAAACUGUCCACCUGCUGCUGACCAACAGCAAGAUGGUCCCAGUCAAAGACGCCAACGGCUGGACAGCAGAGCGCUUCAGUGGAGACGAACCCUGCGACAUGUUUUCCAGGAUGUGGAGGAGGUUUUUCCGCUCACUGCUGAAUGCCGGUGGUCGUUCACCGUCGUCCGUCCUGUCGGAGCUGACGGAGCAGCUGUUGACACUUUACCACUGAAACAUCGAGUAUUUAUUCUGUUUGUCUUCACGUGUCUUUGUUUUCAUAUCGAAGUUAAUAAAAAGUUUGUCAGAGGAUCUUCCUCUGUUUCUCCUACAUCAGUGAUGAUGGGACAGAAUUUAAUGUAAGUGUCUGUAAUGAAAUGUUCAAACAAUAAGGAAUCAAUAAAGGUGUUUUAU